AUGGAAGCCAAUAAAAGAAAAUGCACAAAAGAUAACACAGAUGUCCCUUACACAUAUAGAUCCCAUUGCUUAAAGGUAGUUGGUAACAGAUGGGGAGAUUGGAAAUGUCGACUUACCAAAUAUGAGACCAAUGAAGAGCGUUUAGCCAUCACUGCUGCUCAAGUCCCUACAGACCAAUGGAAGAUACUUGUAAAGUAUUGGGGUCUACCUGAUGUUAAGGGAUGUUCUAAAGCAAAUAAGGUUAAUUGUGCACUAAGAAGUGCCCCUCAUAGGAUCGGUCGUACUUCUUUUGCUAAAAAUCAAUUCAAUCAGUACUUGGAAGAAAGGGAGGAGCAUAAACAAGACGAGGAUUAUAGAGAGGAGGUCUCUACUAAAGUUAUGGGACUGAUGGACAUGGACAUAGUUUCUGACAUUAAGGAGAAUAGUAUACGAGAAGAGCUAGAGAGACAAUACCAAUCUCAAAUAGAUGAUCUUAGUCUCAUUAUGAAUCUAAACUUGGAGAUCUCAUUCAAGUAUGAGGAUCUGAGUUCGCAAAUCCAUCUCAUGAAAGCUCAUGUUGGUUUCCAAGUUAACCCAAUUGAAAGCGGAAGUGGACAUGUAUAA